GUAUCGUCUUCUAAAUUGGGGAUCUCUUGUGAUAUUAUUAAGUGGGUUGGUGAUUAUCUUUGUCUUCGUAAGCAACGCGAACGCUUCCUUCGGGAUAAGGUUCUGGAGAGUCGGCAGCGCCGUAUACGUAGACAAGUCGUCCAUAGUCACCUCUCAGAAACCGCUUUGAAGUUUCACGAGUGAAUUUAAGCAUUUUUAUACAUACGUGCAUGUUUCUCAACAUUAGAUCUUUAGACGACUGGAGAAGUUGACGACUAUUACAAGAAUCGAAAUUAGGGUUUUUUUUUCUUUUUGCUUUGAGGAGAGUUUCUUUGACUAGUCUAUUCGAUUAUUUUUGUCUAUUGUAAAGGAGAGCGGGCGGGUUUGCUGUGAAUUUGAAAUUCGUGUAGUGUAUUGAGUUGAUGGGGGGCAGAAGUUCAAAGGACGGGAGUUGGAGACAGUCUUCAUCGGCUCGGUCUUCUUCCUCUUCUUGGCCUCAACACGGACAUCCCCAAUCAUCAUAUUAUCCGGAACAAAGCCAAAGCGAUGUACCCCAGACAGCCUAUCCAGCGUAUCCAACGCAACAGUACUAUCAGGCCCCUCAAAACUAUGGAGGUCAGCCCCACGGAGGGCAGAAGAAGAAGCUUGAUAGAAGGUACUCGAGGAUUGCUGACAAUUACAAUUCCUUGGAGGAGGUGACUGAAGCCCUUGCACGAGCUGGCCUUGAAUCUUCUAAUCUCAUUGUUGGGAUUGACUUCACUAAGAGCAAUGAGUGGACGGGUGCAAGGUCAUUCAGGAGAAAAAGCUUGCAUCAUAUUGGAGAUGUUUUAAAUCCCUAUCAAGAAGCCAUAUCCAUCAUUGGGAAAACUUUAGCAGUUUUUGAUGAGGAUAACUUGAUUCCUUGUUUUGGAUUUGGGGAUGCAUCAACACAUGAUCAAAACGUCUUCAGUUUCUUCCCAGAUGAGAAAUUCUGUAAUGGCUUUGAGGAAGUUCUGAGUCGGUACAAAGAAAUUGUCCCUCAUCUACGUUUAGCUGGACCAACAUCUUUUGCCCCUGUAAUUGAAAUGGCCAUGACUAUUGUUGAACAGAGUGGUGGGCAGUACCAUGUUUUAUUAAUAAUUGCAGAUGGUCAGGUUACUAGAAGUGUCGAAACUGAGCAUGGUCGAUUGAGUCCACAAGAGCAGAGAACUGUUGAAGCAAUUGUAGAAGCAAGCAAGUUUCCCCUUUCAAUUGUAUUAGUUGGGGUUGGAGAUGGCCCCUGGGACAUGAUGAAAGAAUUUGAUGACAACAUCCCUGCUAGGGCCUUUGAUAAUUUCCAAUUUGUGAAUUUCACAGAAAUCAUGUCAAAGAAUGUGCCCCAGACCCGAAAAGAGACAGAAUUUGCUCUUGCAGCUUUGAUGGAAAUUCCUUCACAGUACAAGGCAACAAUAGAGCUCAACAUACUGGGUACCUGCAGAGGUAAUGCCCCCGAGAGGGUUCCUCUUCCCCCUCCUGGGUACGGAGCGGCUUCUUUUGGCAGCUCAAAACCUUCAGGCUCAACUAGUUUUAAGAAGAGCUCCCCAUCGUAUUAUGGGAACAGCAGUCCUGAGAAAUCCUCUUCAUAUUAUGGCCACAGCAGUCCUGAGAAAUCCUCUUCAUAUUAUGGCCACAGCAGCAGCUCUGUUGGCACUGCUCCGCCUGUCCCCAGUUCUACUUAUGAUAACCAGCUUUGUCCCAUUUGCCUUACUAAUCCAAAGGACAUGGCUUUUGGUUGUGGCCAUCAGACGUGUUGUGAGUGCGGAUCAGAUCUUCAACAAUGCCCAAUCUGCCGGAGUCCAAUCCAAACCAGAAUUAAGCUAUACUAAGUGGGUUCAUACUUGACCUGUGGCAAAUGAUUAAGGUUAUGCAUGUUCAGAAUCUAACUUGUACUCGGACGAUGACAAUGAAGUAGAGUAUUGGGUCACCUUUUUAAAGGCAGACACCAUGCUUUCCUGCAUGAUGAUUCUGUUCAAAAUUAUGCCGCCUUCUUCAUCUAUGUGCUUUCUUGUCCGAGCAAGCAACAUUAGAACCCCAGAAGCUCAAGAAGACUGUGAAUAUGAUGACAGGCGGUAGUGUUUGCCUGUUUUCGUGGUUGGGUUGGAUUUUCUUAGUUCCAUUUUAUGUUGUUUCUUUCUUUUUGGUUUUUAUGUUGUUUUUCUGCUGGUUUAAUGACUACUUUUGUCUCAACCAAGUAAUUGAUAUAUUUGAUUGAAAAUAACUUUGGAAUGAUGUUAA